CAGAGCCCGACCAUGACCGUGCAGACCAGCCGACAGAGACAUCAGCGUUGCUAGGAGGAGGAGGGCGAGACAACCAAAAUAGGACAAGGAACCCACAAGGGGAUAGAGAGGAGAGAUGGACCAACGAGGGAUCUAGGCGUAGGGUAGCACGCUACGAUGGCGCAAAUCAACAAGGAAUCUUGGACCAGUAUAUGACAGAUGAAAACGGCAUGGAUUCAUUACGUCGACCGAGCAGUCAUCAUCACACGACCAGAUGCAAGGGCUAGAUCGCUCUCACCCACAAUGGAAUCUCGACGGGAUAAUCGGAUUGCAGGCAAGGUAGCCUUUGAAAACUAUCCUCAUGGAAGCCAUCGAAGUCGUAGUCAGAGUAGACCAUUCCAUAAUCUGCGGCGAUCUAGCAUGGCAAACAUCAACAGGGUUCGAGAUAAAUUGCUUCCACGCCGAAGUAUGUUUUAUGAUGAUGCCAAAGAGGCUCUCGUUAAGGAAAACAAUGGUAUUCGUGUUUGGUAUCACAAUUAUACCACCAUUGAUUGGAUUCAUGACUUUGUGAAGGAACGCGUCCGCUUAAGACAUUUACGAUCGAUUGGUGGCAUACGUGGAGUGAUCAAAAACAGAGCAGAUGGCCUGAAAGGUUGGAUACUUGUGCUCUUAACAGGCCUCAUCACAGCAUGUCUGGCAGCUUUUAUUGAUGUCUUCAGUUGGUGGUUGGGCGAUUUGCGCAUGGGCUAUUGUACCACCAACUUUUGGUGGAGCCAAUACUUUUGCUGCUGGAACUCUAAAAACUCUGCUGGGACAUGUCCAGAGUGGGUCUCCUGGUCAAAGGCGCUUGCACCUGGCGAACUUAAUAUGAGAGUUUCAAACGACACCUUUGACUGGAUUAUCUAUUGCUUAUUUGGUGUCUUGUUUGCUGGCGUUUGUGUAGUGAUGGUGACCUCUGAUGGGACCGUAUCACAGCAACGAUCUCAUGGAGCAACAAAAAGACGUAGUGUGCCCAAUAAUGGAGGCUUUGUCAGUUCUGCUCACAGAAACUCCGUUCAAUCGAUUUUGGAUGCAUCACAACCAAAGAAAAUUGCCUACUUUGGUGCCGGAUCUGGUAUUCCAGAGGUCAAAACUAUCCUCGGCGGAUUUGUCAUUCGAGGGUUCUUGGGAUUUAGGACUUUGAUGAUUAAGUUGAUUGGACUGCCCCUGAUGGUAGCUUCAGGACUCAAUAUGGGAAAACAAGGCCCACUUGUCCAUAUCGCUUGCUGUGUUGCAAACAUUGUAUGCCGUAUCUUUGACAAAUACAAUCGUAAUGACGGAAAACGCAGGGAGAUUUUAUCUGCUGCUGCUGCAUCAGGAGUUGCAGUCGCCUUCGGUGCUCCUAUUGGUGGCGUCUUGUUCUCACUCGAGGAGGUUUCUUACUACUUCCCAAGCAAGACCAUGUGGCGGACCUAUUUCUGUGCAUUGACAUCUGCUGUUGUGUUGAAGAUGAUCAAUCCAUAUCGCAUUGGGAAAGCAGUUCUCUUCCAGGUUACUUACAACAGAGAUUGGCAUCUCUUUGAAGCUGUCCCAUUCUUUUUUAUCAGUGUAUUCGGGGGCGUCUAUGGAGCACUUUUCUCUCAGUUCCACAUGUCGUACUCUCGGUUCCGAUCUCGGACGUACAUUGGUCGCCAUCCAGUGCAGGAAGUCCUGGUCGUUGCCCUCAUCACUUGUGCGGUCCAGUGGCUCAACCCUUGGACUCGGGUCAAUCUUUUGCAACUCCUGACUAAUUUAUAUAGCGAGUGCACGGCCGAUAAUCAUCUGAAUGGAAUGUGCGCUGUUGAGAUUGAGCAGAUUUACCCAAUCUUUUUACUCCUGGCACAAGUAUUCGUGAUGAAGGUUGUCCUUAAUUUCAUUACAUUCGGAGUCAAGGUUCCUGGAGGGAUUUUUAUCCCUACCAUGGUCGCCGGGGCUGUAUUCGGACGUAUGGUCGGACUAGGUGUGCAGUGGUUGAUUGCCAAAUAUCCCGAGCACCAAGUUUUCCAGGUUUGCAACGGUGAUAGUAUGGACUGCAUUAUUCCAGGCCUGUAUGCGAUGAUUGGGGCUGCAGCAUGCUUAUCAGGCGUCACUCGCAUGACCGUAUCCUUGGUCGUCAUCAUGUUUGAGUUGACAGGAGCGAUGACAUACUCGUUACCUAUUAUGAUGGCUGUCAUGAUUGGUAAAUUUGUUGGGGAUGCAUUUUCACCCGAUGCGUUCUUCAAUAAGCUGAUUGCUCUGAAUGAGCAUCCUUACCUCGACAAUAAGAAGGAUUACAACACAUGUGGAUCAGCCGCUGAUAUUGCGGAUCGAUUUGUAGAGACCAUUGACGUGAAUGUUGUUAAUGAUGUAGCUUCAUUGAGACGCAAGGUUGAAUUCCUUGCCGCCUCGGGAUAUUCCGAUGGAGGUCUUGCGAUCGUAGAUCGAGGUCUUUUGGUCGGUUAUAUAGCUUCUAACGAGCUAGGACAUGCUUUGGACCUGGCGGAAGAAAAACAUCCAGAAUGUAUCUGCAUCUUCAGGAACCGUGCUUCUUCAAAUGUCCCUGCAGCGGAGAUUAUCACCUCUUUGACAGAUCUGGAAGCGCGAUCUGGAAGUGGAAGUACUUCUCCACUUUCAUCCAAAUCACAAUCACAGGAUUGGCGACAAGACCGACAGAUCCAUCCAAGCUAUGAUGACUCUAGUUUUGAUAAUGAUAUGCAGGGCCAUGAUAGGCCGAUUAGGCCAGGCAACCUUGCAUCUUCUGGACGUUUCUAUAGUAGGAGCAAGGACAGCCUGGAGCAGAUUUUACGUUCAGACAGCAAGAGUUUACUUGGUUCCAGAACCGACAGUGGUCUAUCAGCAGAGUACUUGGCAGAUGGAGAAAGUGACCGUCCUCAUCUUGAUGCGCGACGUGAUCGUAUCGGUAGCACGGGAACAGUGGCCCUUUUGAGUGAUCCAGCACACACUAUGGACUUUACGCCUUUCACUGAUCAAGCCCCAUUAGCAGUCAGCUUGUUUUCAUCGAUGGACUUGGUUAUGGAACUAUUCAUCAAGUUGGGCAUCAAGUAUGUAUGUGUAGUCAAGGCUGGACAACUUUAUGGUAUGAUCCACAAGAAGCGACUUUUAGCCUUCUUGAAAGAGAAUGAUGACAAGCAAAUGCGAUACAACCGAGGCGAAUGCUUCUGAGGGUUGAAUUUGGCAACACACAAGAUAAAAAAAAACUUUUUUUUAUUUAUAUAUAUCCUCGAUAUAAAAUCCUCUAGCACCAAUACCACUACCUACCAUUCAACAUGUAUACGUUACUACUCUUUCUUUCUUUCUUUCUUUCCCCAUUUUUCCUUUUCACUUUUCACAUUUCCUUGACAUUAGUGAACACUAUGUACAAUACAUUCUAAAGAACAUACACAUG